GUUGGGGGGCACCUUCUCCUCCAGCGCUCACCUCCAGUCUUCCAGUCGGUGUUGUCUGGACUCCGCGAGUGAGACUGUGAACUUGCGUGUGUGUGAGUGCUGUGAUGUGAACCGUGUCAGUGAGCAAUCAUUGGAUUAGUUGUUUUAUCCGGUGUUGGAAAAUGGGUUGGUUUCACGCGCGCCUGUUGGGAACUGUAUCUCUGAUCCUUAUAGUCUGCAGUAGCGUCGCUCUCGCCAAAGCAGGACUGUGCGAGGUGGAGGGCGGCCAAUCCAACAUCAUCUUGGACAUCGAAGAGAGCAGGGGAACGCGCAUGGACCAGCCCACGAACCCAGCCGAACUGCCUAUCUCCGGCGACCCUCUCUCCGAGAUCAUCCUUGACCUGGUCUUCCCCAAGGGCAAUCCUUACUUCACUCUUAAUGGGAAGAUGCUACAGCUACUUUCUCCACUGGAUCGCGACAAGGAUAACCUCUCCCACAUCGUGUUCCAGCUAACCUGCACUGUCAAGUCCACCAACAAGAAGAGAACGAUUCCCGUCAUCGUGAGGGUUGUCGAUGUCAACGAUAACGCACCAGUCUUCGUCAGCACCCCCUACAACACCACCAUCUCCGAGUUAGUUCCUGUGGGAACAACAAUUUUCCGGGGACUGAAGGCAGUGGACCAGGACGCAGGAGUGAACAGCCUGGUGGAGUACACUAUCGUGUCCGGGGACGGCCGAGGACUGGGCACGGACCAGGGGGUGGGUCGCAACAGAGUCACUGUGGCUGACGGUGCUGACUUCUUCGCCAUCAACCUUCCACACCAAGGGCAGGUCACCGUCAGCAGAGGCCUUGACUACGAGAAGACCCAGCGUUAUCUUGUCACUAUCCUCGCAACGGAUCGAGCCAGAAACGAGUCGGAGAGGUUCACCACGACAACAACUUUGACAGUGAACGUGAAGGACGAUGAUGAUCAGGACCCCUCUUUCAUCUACCGAGGCUGCAUGUCGGUGGACGGCGCCUGUGUCAACCCAGAGUAUCAUGCGACCGUGUCCAGUGGGGUGGUGGCUGGAAUACUGUCAAUAUCUCCAGAAAAGAUCCAGGCAGUUGACAUGGACACCAACAACUCUCCCAUCGCUUAUAGCUUCCUCUCCGGCAGUCCUGGGUCCUUCAGGGACUACUUCGAGAUCAACCCCACAACUGGGGCAGUUCGCCAGACCAAGGCUGUUGAUACAUCUGUCACCAAGAAGUUUGAAAUUAUUGUCAAGGCAGAGGAAAACUCGCCAAGCAGAAGAUUUGCAACGGCCAAAUUAUCUGUGUUGGUAAGGCCUGUAGAUGUGAACCCUCCAGUGAUCGUAGCUUCCGCCACUGACGGUCUUGUCAGUGAAAACGCACCAGUUGGGACAAAAAUACUAGAUGAUGAAGGCAAUCCUCUUCAACUGAGAGUAUCAGAUCCUGACUUGGGCCCUGAUGAUCCCAAGCCUUCUUAUGAUUUUGAAGUAACAACAAACUUCUUCCACAUUGAUGAAGAAGGAUACCUUGUCGUGGGAGAAGAAAAUUUAGACAGAGAUCCACCAAGUCCAGGGAAAUUCAGGUUUCAGGUUGUGGCUCGAGAAAGUCAUGGCACUGCUGCAAGUGCUCCUGUGACUUUCACCGUUGCGCUGAUUGAUGUCAACGACAAUGCUCCACACUUACCGAUGAUUCCACCCAUCACAAUCCAAGCAGGAGAGGGCCGUCGCCAGGUUGUUAAAGUGGAAGCGACUGAUAACGAUCUCGGUGAAAACGCCAAGAUUUCGUAUAGCAUCUACCAUAUAUCCAACAAUGGACGGAACAAGUUUAAAAUUGAUCCACAGUCUGGAGCUAUUGAGGCAAAUGGCAAGCUGAACGCUGGAGAGCAGUACAGCAUCACUGUACAGGCCACCGACAGUGGGGGCAAGUCCAGUCAGACGAUCGUGGAGGUGACAGUAGUACCAGGUCCCAACACCAGGAGUCCUGUGUUUCAAGAGACUUCUUACCAGGUCACUAUCAGUGAAGGGGCUCCCAUCAAUUCGACUGUGCUUCAUGUGGUGGCUACUGAUCCGGAAAACGAGCCAGUUACUUAUUCUAUAGUCUCUGGAAACGAUCUGCGCCAAUUUGCCAUCAAUGAUAAGACUGGAGUUAUUACUGUGAUAAGGAAACUAGACAGAGAAGAUCUGACAAGAUAUCAGAUGCUUAUAAAAGCGGAAGAUGAAGGUGGGCUCUCUAGUACUGCGACAGUGAACAUUAUAGUGAGUGACAUCAAUGACAAAAACCCUGAGUUUGAAGACUUGCCAUAUGAGUUCACUGUGAGAGAAGGUGUGGAUAAACUGUUUGUGGGUCAAGUAAGAGCUAAAGAUAACGAUGAAGGAAUCAAUGCCAAUGUCACCUACUCUCUUCCCACAGAUGUACCUUUUACCAUUGAUACGAUUACCGGAAAUAUUACUACCAACACUGCUCUCGACUAUGAAAAAGUUAAGGAAUACAAAUUUGUGGUGACAGCCCAAGAUGGCGCUCCAGAUCCAAGAAUUGCCACUGCCACAGUUACUGUUCAUGUCACUGAUGUAGAAGAUGAAAUGCCAAUCUUUCCAAAGACUGUUUACAACGCAACUGUUCCCGAAAAUGUUGCUAACUUCGUCGUUGCACAAGUGAAGGCAGAGGAUCCAGACACAAACAAAAAAGUAACCUAUGUCAUCAAACAAGGACCUCUGGACCUCUUCAAGAUUGAUCCAACAACUGGUGAGAUCAGGACAGCAAGAGGUUUGGAUUAUGAAACCGAGAACCAGUAUGCACUUGUAAUUGGUACAGAAGAGAAUCCCAGUCUGAGACCUGGAGCAACUACAAAAGUCCUGGUUACUGUUGAGGAUCAAAACGACAUACCUCCUGUGUUUUUAACGAUUCUGACUAAACCAAUUGUUCUAAAUGAUGACACUGAGAUUGGGGCUCUGGUCACAACACUGACAGCCUCAGAUGCAGAUGGUACAGCUCCAAAUAACAUUGUUCAUUAUGAUAUUGUUGGGAGAGGAGAAGCAAAAAGAUUUUUUGAAAUUAAUCCUGACAAUGGAGAACUUCGGGUUAAAGAGGACUUCAGAAAAGAACCUGACAAUGAGUAUGAGGUGGAAGUGAGAGCGUUUGAUGAUGGAGUACCUCAGUUGUCAACGACUAUGACAGUACCAAUCUAUAUACGAAGAACAACAACUGUCACCCCUGACAUCGGGCCAGGAUUUGCAGACAGCCUGUACACCGUAGAAGUCAAGGAGGAUACCAAACCAAACACCACUAUAAAACUAUUUACAAUAAUCAAGAAUCCAAAACAGCCUAAAAAUCUCCCACUACACUGUUCAGUCACUAAGGGGAAUGUUGGAGGUGUAUUUUCUGUGCGGAUGACUGAGGACCAGAACUGUGAGUUGCGACUAGUGGCAGCACUGGAUAGAGAGCAAGUAUCAGCAUACCAGCUCACACUACAGCUGGACACUGGGCUUCUGCUCAACAACACAAAUGCUAUCACUACUACCUUGGUAAAGAUUCAAGUACUCGAUGUCAAUGACAACAGCCCUGUGUUCAUAUAUCCAGAAUCAAGUAAACGGUUCAAUAAAGAAAAGUACUUUGGCGGAGUGUCAGCUGACAGGAGGGAUGUCAAUGUCAAUAUUUUGGAUGUUAAGGCAGAAGACAAAGACGGAGAGAGUUUAGGACGGGUGGAGUAUCGCUUGGUUCCUGACGAGGUGGGAGCGGCCGACUACUUCACCAUCGACAGGAAGACAGGCAGUUUGCGCACUAAGAGAGCUCUAGACACGGUACCCAAGCAGGCACUACCUCUGAGACUUGGUGUGGAAGCCAGGGACAACCCUACGUCAGAUACUGACUCCAAUGUCGCACUUACACAAGUUGUUAUAAACUUGAUAGAGGAUCAGGAUCGGCUGGUGUUAGUAAUCAACAACAAGCCUGCUGACGAGGUGGAGGACAGCCGCCAGGACAUGAUCAGUCUACUGGAGCAGCAGUCCGGCAUGAUCGUGGGGGUGGAGCAGAUCCAGCCUCGCCAGUGGACUAAAGACAACCUCACUGUGGAGACCGACCAGUUCAGCACAGACUUCUGGUUCUAUGUGGUUGAUCCUGAUACUGAGCUCAUCCAGAGCCGUAACACCUCCAGAGUCCAAAGAAGCUUAACGUCAAAAGGAGCUCAAGCAAAUAUAUCAGAAGCACUAGCAGCAACUUUUCAAGUAGCAAUAUUUGACAUUCAUGCACCACUCCGAGUAACUCCUGUCAAAACCACAGUGGUCCAGGCCCAGUGGGAGGUGUUCCCAUACGCUUUAGUUGCUAUAGCUGCGCUGAUCAUGGUUCUUGGCAUUGCGGGAAUCAUAUACAUUUGCAUUUCCUGGUCAAGGUACAGAGCUUACAAGGAACGAAUGCAGAGGAUGUAUGUCACACCCCACUACGAUCCUGUCUUUGUGGAACCUAGUUUGAAGGAGUAUGAAACCCAGGUCCUCCAGAUGAGUGUUCCUGUAGACGAUAGUGACAGUUUCAACGAUCUGCAGCUGGAUUUCAGCAGAAAGAAUCACACUUUUAACCUAGAUAAUGUAGGCUACAUAUCCAAAGAGCUAAAUGACACUCAUGAACAACCAGUAACGAACACAAUGACCAGAACUGCAACAAUUGGUAGACGUGUCAAUAACAACAACAGCAUACAUCGGACAUCGGGUGUAGUCAACCCAGGUUUUGAUAGGACAGAUGAAACUCUUUCCAGACGAAACAACAGCUCAACCAAUGACAAUGUCACAUUCCACGGCAAGAAAGACUAUUCACACUUAGGCUUUAAUUAUUUAGUUGAUAGAAAUUCUGUUGAAGCGACUACAGAGUUAUAGCCACACUAUAAGUGGUAGUUUCACUCGACUUAGAUGUACCAAGAUGUGAUCUAGUUAUAAAAACUGUCUUAGAUUUAGGUUAAUACUGUACAUAUUAGCAAGAAAAUUAUACUAAUUAAGUAGUUAAAAUUACUUGUCAAACAUUGUGUUUAACACAAAUAAUGUGCUUGUGUUAGAGCAUUUAAUUUUAUAAGGCUUUAGAAACCAAGGAUGAAAGUUACCACACAUAAAAGUGACAUCGAAAAUUUAAUUUAAUAAUAAGUAACUUAAUUUUGUGGGUUUAAAAAACCAGGUUUUUUCAUAUUUGAAUAAUUUAAAAAUUCAUGUUAAAAAUUAGAUUAGUUUUCAAAUGCUUCUAUAUUUGAAUUUAAUGAGCAAUGAUAUUUUACAGUCUAUAGACCUGUUUUAAGUCACUUAGAAAAAAGUCAAGCAAGAUUUUUGAUAAGCAGUUUUAAGUUAACUCCUAAUGAAAUAAUCUAAUUCA